CCUCCCUUUAGUUCCCUCUCUGGCUUUCCUUCCUUUUGCAGUCCUCUUGUGUCUUCUUGUCCUGGCUUUAAAUUUUAUCCCAUUUACAACUCUGAGGGAAACCACAGACACCAGCAAACAGAGAGUAUGCACAGCUUGAUCCACUGCUACAUACUGUGAAAUACUGCUCCGAAGAUCCACAACUUAAGGAGAGACACCUGAGACUCCAUAGUCCUUGCAGAGUCUUAAGUGCAAACCGACCAUCUCAGUUCUGAGCCUCCAUUCAACAACAUUUAACUGCUCUUUAAGACAAUAUGGAGCUACAAAGGAUACCAAAUGGAAACAGUGAGAAGAUUCACCUGGAAAAUGGCAUUUUUGAUGAAGCUGAACAAGAGGAGUUUUUACCUCACAAGCCUAACGGGAUGAAAAAGAUUCACUUCACUGAUUCUGAGGGGAAGACUUCUUUUGGGAUGUCUGUCUUUAACCUCAGUAAUGCCAUCAUGGGGAGUGGAGUUCUGGGACUGGCCUACGCCAUGUCAAACACAGGCAUCGUCCUAUUCCUAUGUCUGUUGACAUGCAUUGCUGUUUUGUCAUCUUAUUCUAUCCAUCUACUUCUUACAUGUGCUGGUGUUGUAGGUAUCCGUGCCUUUGAACAGUUAGGGAAACGGGCCUUUGGUAAAACAGGCAAAGUACUGUCAGCUGCCACCAUCACUGUGCACAACAUUGGAGGUAUGUCCACCUACCUCUUCAUUGUAAAGUAUGAAUUGCCACUGGUAAUACAAGCUUUUCUUGGCCAGCACACCAGCAGUGGAGAGUGGUACUUCAAUGGAAAUAACCUCAUCAUUAUUGUUAGUAUCUGCAUCAUCCUCCCCCUUGCUCUUAUGAGACACCUAGGCUACCUUGGCUACACCAGUGGCCUCUCACUCACUUGCAUGGUGUUCUUCCUCAUAUCGGUCAUAUAUAAGAAGUUCAACAUCCCCUGUCCUUUAGAGACUUAUGGCAAUCAUUCUGUCAAUUUCACUACCGAGGAAGACUGUCAAGCCAAGCUAUUCACCUCCAACCAGCAGACUGUAUAUACAGUCCCCAUUUUGGCGUUUGCCUUUGUAUGCCACCCGGAGGUGCUGCCCAUUUACACAGAACUGCGCAACCCCACCCAGAAGCGCAUGCAGGCAAUCGCCAAUGUCUCCAUCUUUGCCAUGUUUACAAUGUACCUUCUCACUGCUACCUUUGGCUACCUCACUUUCUAUGCCAAUGUGGAGGCAGAGCUGCUGCACAUGUACAGUAAGGUGGACCCCCUGGACACACUCAUCCUGUGUGUGCGCCUGGCAGUGCUCAUGGCUGUCACCCUCACCGUGCCUGUGGUCCUUUUCCCGAUCCGGAGAGCUCUGUUGCAGCUCCUGUUCCCUAAGAAGCCUUUCCACUGGGUACGCCACACUAGCAUUGCUGUGUGCCUCCUCUUCAUCGUCAACCUGUUUGUUAUCUUUGUACCCAACAUCCGCGACAUUUUUGGCAUCAUUGGUGCUACGACUGCACCCAGCGUAAUCUUCAUACUCCCAGGCUUAUUCUACAUUCGGAUCAUUAAAGAUAAACCAAUGACUUCUAGAUCAAAGAUUCAGGCAGCCUGUUUUGCGGCUUUUGGAUUCAUCUUCAUGGUGAUGAGCCUGACUUUCAUCAUUCUUGACUGGGUGAAUGGAGAGAGCCGAAGCGGAGGUGGACAUUAACGUGUUAGCAUCUGCCAAGAAUACUAACACUCAUCACAACAAACCUCCCCUAAACAACUGCCGCAAAUUAGCUCAUCCAGGUUAAGAUAUAACAAAAAAAAGAAUGAAACGCUGGAUCCCUCAUAAUCUCAGCUUUGGUGAGAAAUAUCUUCUGGUCAAGAAGGUCACACAACCUACUGUCCUGGUAGUACGUCACAUAAAAAGAGCACGACACUGGCUAUUUCAGAUAAUUUUUCAAUAGAAAAAUUAAACAUGCAUUUUUGCCUUCUUGGAUUAAUCUCAGUGGAGCUGAUUAAGUUAUUACUGACAGAACCCAGGUAACAAAAUGCUGACAAUGUGACAGUGCAAGUUCUGUAGGCCAAACUGGAUGACCUUCUGAUAGAUUUAAUUAUUCACCCUAACACCACCACUGGCAUUUACUAUUGUAUAUCAAUUACUGGCAUUUACCAUUAUAUGUAUAUGUUACUAAGAAUGACAAAUUGCCCAUUUUAUAUCAGAACUUUAAUUGUGAUGACCUAUAA